GCGCUGGUGGAGCUGGCUGCGGGGAGGGGCGGAGCCACCACCCCGCGGAACGAUGUUCAGCUACCUCUCCCUCCACCCGGUGCCUGGCGCUGGGAUUCGGGAGCCUGUGUCUUCCCGGGGCCUUGAGUCCUGGAGAGUGCGAGCGAGUUGACUUCUGCUUCAUCGACGUGGGGCGAGCAGACAGGAAGCCUGCGGUCGUGGUCCCCACACCGGGAGCCCUGGUAGUUCGGGUGACAGCGUAGAAAUGAACACAGAAACCGAACAACAGCUUCUUCAUCAUGCCAGAAAUGGCAAUGCUGAAGAAGUAAGACAGCUGUUAGAAACCAUGAAAAAGAAUGAAGUAAUUGCUGAUAUUAAUUGCAAAGGAAGAAGUAAGUCUAAUUUGGGCUGGGCACCUCUUCAUCUGGCAUGCUAUUUUGGACAUAGACAAGUGGUUCAGGAUCUGUUAGAGGCUGGUGCAGAAGUAAAUGUAUUGAAUGACAUGGGAGACACACCGCUUCAUCGGGCUGCUUUUACAGGACGAAAGGAGUUGGUAAUGCUUCUUUUAGAAUACAAUGCUGAUCCUACCGUUGUCAAUGGGAGUGGACAGAGAGCAAAAGAAGUCACUCAUGACAAAGAAAUUAGAAGCAUGCUGGAAGCUGUAGAAAGGACUCAACAAAGAAAACUCGAGGAAUUACUUUUAGCAGCAGCAAGAGAAGGCAAAACAGCAGAACUCAUAGCUCUGCUCAACAGACCCAGUCCUCCUGAUGUUAACUGUUCGGAUCAGUUAGGAAAUACACCCUUGCAUUGUGCAGCCUACCGGGCUCAUAAGCAGUGUGCCUUAAAGCUUCUAAAAAGUGGAGCAGACCCUAAUCUGAAGAACAAAAAUGAUCAGAAACCCCUUGACCUUGCCCAGGGGGCUGAAGUGAAGCACAUUCUUGUUGGUAAUAAGGUCCUCUACAAAGCACUGAAGCGAUUUGAAGGCCCUCUCUGGAAGAGUUCAAGAUUUUUUGGCUGGAGAUUAUUCUGGGUGGUGUUAGAACAUGGAGUCCUUUCGUGGUAUAGGAAACAGCCUGACGCAGUCCGUAAGAUUUAUCGCCAGGGGUGCAAACACCUAACUCAAGCAAUAUGCACGGUGAAAUCCACCGAUAGCUGCCUCUUCUUUAUUAAAUGCUUCGAUGACACUCUUCACGGAUUCAAGGUUCCUAAGAAUAGCCUUCAGCAGUCAAGAGAGGACUGGCUAGAAGCAAUAGAAGAGCAUUCUGCUUACAGCACCCACUACUGUUCCCAGGACCAGUUGACUGAUGAUGAAGAGGAAGAUGGAGUUUCUGCUGUGGACUUGAAGGAAUCCUUAGAGAAAGCACAAACAUGCCAACAGAGACUAGAUAGGGAAAUUUCCAGCUUUCUCAAAAUGAUUAAGGAGUGUGACAUGGCUAAAGACACGCUUCCAUCAUUUCUUCAGAAAGUUGAAGUUGUCUCUGAAGCUUCUAGAGAAACUUGUGUUGCUUUGAGCGAUUGCCUUAAUCUCUUCACUAAACAAGAAGGGGUGAGGAACUUUAAAUUGGAACAGGAACAAGAGAAAAACAAAAUUUUGUCAGAAGCGCUGGAGACUCUCGCCACGGAGCACCAUGAAUUAGAGCAGUCUCUAGUGAAGGGCUCGCCGCCACUCAGCGUCCUUAGUGAGGAGGAGUUCUAUGAUGCGCUGUCAGAUUCCGAGUCCGAACGGUCCCUGAGUAGAUUGGAAGCAGUGACGGCACACUCCUUUGAAGAGGAAGGGGAGCAUUUGAGUAGAAAACACAGAAUGUCCGAAGGAAAAGAUUGUGGAGGGGGAGAUGCUCUCUCCAAUGGCAUCAAAAAACACAGAACAAGCUUGCCCUCCCCUAUGUUUUCCAGAAAUGACUUCAGUAUCUGGAGCAUCCUCAGAAAAUGUAUUGGAAUGGAACUUUCCAAGAUUACGAUGCCCGUCAUAUUUAACGAGCCUUUGAGCUUCCUACAGCGCCUCACUGAAUACAUGGAGCAUACAUACCUCAUCCACAAGGCCAGUUCCCUUUCUGAUCCUGUGGAAAGGAUGCAGUGUGUGGCUGCCUUUGCCGUGUCCGCGGUGGCGUCUCAGUGGGAACGCACGGGGAAGCCUUUCAACCCGCUUCUGGGCGAGACGUACGAGUUAGUUCGAGAAGACCUGGGUUUCAAACUCAUCUCGGAGCAGGUCAGCCACCACCCACCCAUCAGUGCGUUUCAUGCCGAAGGCUUAAACAACGAUUUCAUCUUUCACGGCUCCAUCUAUCCCAAGCUGAAGUUCUGGGGGAAGAGCGUAGAAGCAGAACCCAAAGGAACCAUCACCUUGGAGCUGCUUGAACACAAUGAAGCAUACACAUGGACCAACCCUACUUGCUGUGUACAUAACAUCAUUGUGGGCAAACUCUGGAUUGAGCAGUACGGCAAUGUGGAAAUCACAAACCACAAGACUGGGGACAAAUGUGUGUUGAAUUUCAAGCCAUGUGGCCUUUUUGGUAAGGAAUUACACAAAGUUGAAGGCUACAUUCAAGAUAAAAGCAAAAAGAAGCUCUGUGCCCUCUAUGGGAAGUGGACCGAAUGUUUAUACAGUGUCGACCCCGCCACUUUCGAAGCUUUCAAAAAAAACGACAAGAAAACCCCGGAAGAGAAGAAGAACAGCAAACAGAUGAGCACGUCGGAGGAGUCGGAUGAAAUGCCGAUGCCGGAUUCUGAAAGUGUGUUUGUUAUCCCCGGAAGUGCGCUCCUGUGGCGGAUAGCCCCUCGGCCUCCCAACUCUGCUCAGAUGUACAAUUUCACUAGCUUUGCCAUGGUUUUGAAUGAGAUAGACAAGGAAAUGGAGAGUGUGAUUCCUAAGACAGAUUGCAGGUUGCGGCCUGACAUCCGAGCCAUGGAAAAUGGAGAGAUUGAUCAAGCUAGUGAAGAAAAAAAACGACUUGAGGAAAAACAAAGAGCAGCUCGAAAAAACAGGUCCAAGUCGGAAGAGGACUGGAAGACGAGGUGGUUCCAUCAAGGUCCCAACCCCUACAACGGAGCGCAGGACUGGCUUUACUCGGGCAGCUACUGGGACAGAAACUACUUGAAUUUGCCUGACAUUUAUUAAAAUGCAGACAAGUCAGGGUGUUUGGCUAAUCUACAAAUAAGUCGUAAACCUAUGUUUUUAAUUUUUUUCCCUUUGGUUUCUACUCAUCUUUAAAAAAAGGAAAAAAACCCACUCAUAACUUGCAUUUCACCCAACAAAAAUAGGGCAUAAGGUGAUACUGUUGGUGAAAGUCUUACAGAAAAUGGGUAAUUUUGCUAUCCAUACUUAUUUGGAAUACUAUUUUAUAUAGAGGUAAUAGAACUGCUGGAGAAUAUGCUUUUUUAUGGUUGCUGUUGCCAUAAUUACUGAAGGUUUAUACCUAAAUGUAACUUUAGCUUUAUGAAAUUAUACAGUAAUCCCAAAUCAAGUUAUUUUGAAUAUUUUAUGCUGUCAUGCUUGAAUGUUUUAGAUGUAACUUUGAAAUGUUUAGAAUUCUCCUGUACAAUGUUUAUGUGCUCGAAUGCAGAGGUUAUGUCAUUUUGUAAAGACUAUUGAUAAGAUGGCUUUUCUUCUAACCCUCAAUUUUCCCCAUCCUCGCCUCCAAACAGAAAAAAAAAAAAAUGCCUGAAUAGUCAGAAUAGGUGUUCCUGAUUUGAAAAUUCUAAAGAAUUAAACUGAAAAAGUAUUUCACUUUCUGUAGUGCUCCGAAUUUCCUUUUACAAUUCUGUAAUCCAUCAUUAGAAUUAAGAGGUGUUUAAUUGUUCAUGUUCGAAUUGAAAAUAUGUAUAAAAUCUACCAAUUCA